UUGGAGCUAGGUUGAGGACAGCAACGCGAAUGAGUGAGAAGUGGAUAAACUGGAGUCACUUUAACAAGCAGCAGCCCGGAACGGGACCGAUUCAAGCAAUAGGGUGGUCAAACACUUCCUAAAACAACACCGUUCGGGGCAGCAAGCAACAGAAACAAAUAUUCUAGAGCAUCCAGCGUACGCAGAGUGAAGAUAUUACGGCAUUUAAAAAAAACAAGAAUUUGUAUAAUCAUUUUAGAGAACUAUCCUGUAUUAAAGGAUCUCGCCAUGUCGUCCUCACAACCAGCGUCUCAACGAGUGCGGCGCAAUGGAUCGCCUACUUCGAACCGCCUGCAGCCCAUUAGGGCCACGGUGCCCUUCCAGCUGAGACAAGGCAAUAACAGCCCGACCCGCUCCUCCUCCUCGUGUGCCGGCGGCGGCGGCAGCGGCAGCAACAAUAACUCACCGGCGGCGGCCGCGGCGGCUUCUUCAGCAUCAACAACCAUCUCGACCUCAACAGCAGCCACAUCCACAAGCUCCAACGGACAGAAACUUUCCCCAACGUCGUCGCCCACCUCUUCGCUUUGGGCUCCGUCUGCAGCUGUCGUCGCCGCCGACGGCCGCAUGAGGCACAGACGGUCUCCUGACAGUAGGAGCUCACCUGAGAGAAGGAGCCCCAGCUCUCCUGUUUAUAAAGCUGAAAGGUCCAAAUCGCAACAGAUGAGAACUUCAAAUACUAUUCGACGCACCUCAUCUCUAGACACCAUAACAGGACCGUAUCUCACAGGGCAGUGGCCACGUGAUCCCCAUGUGCAUUACCCAUCAUCCAUGAAAGAUAAAUCAACACAGACUCCCAACUUUUGGUCAGAUGAAGGAACAGAAAAGAAAACCACACAUCAGCGCUCUGCUUCUUGGGGAAGUGCCGAUCAGCUGAAAGAGCAAAUCGCCAAACUGAGGCAGCAGCUCCAGCGCAGUAAACAAAGUAGUCGGCACAAUAAGGACAAGGAACGUCAGUCUCCACUCCACGGCAAUCACACUGCUAUCAAUCAGUCUCAGGCUUCUGCAGUACGAUUCAUCACAGGUCCAGCGUCAAAUAUAACAGUUUCAAAAUCUGCAAUUUCACGAGUCCAGAACAGUGUUGAAAGCAUAAAUCAAGAGAUAGAAAGAAUGUUUAUUAAAGACAAUGGAGAAAAGGAAGAACUAUCAAGGCCCCUGGAGAUUCCUGAUGGCCACCGAGCACCUUUCCCUUCCCACUACCGCAGCAGCAGUACUCGCAGUAUUGACACACAGACACCCUCUGUCCAAGAGCACAGCAGUAGCUGCAGCAGCCACUCACCAUGUGUCUCCCCCUUCUACCCUACUGGAUCUCAGGAGGGAAGCCCUUGCUCAGCAGAAGACCUUCAAUAUGACAGGGAAAAAGACAGUGGGAGUAAUUCACCGCUCCCCAAAUAUGCUUCUUCACCUAAACCAAACAACAGCUAUAUGUUCAAACGAGAACCCCCAGAGGGAUGUGAAAAAGUGAAGGUCUUUGAAGAAAUGGCGUCUCGUCCUCCCAGCUCCGUCCCUUUGUUUUCCUGUCCUGACAGAAACAAAGUGAACUUCAUCCCGAAAGGGACAGCCUUCUUUCCUGUGAGUAUUGUCAGCCGACCUCUGUUUUCCACCUCUGACCUGAUGCUGAAGAAUUCAUCAAUCUCUGGCUUCAGCCCUAGCAUAGUCUCCAGCACUGUGAUUGCUGAGCAGUUCUCAACUCAGGUCUCGCUCUCACCUUUGUUGGAUGACACCAGCACAAUGGACUCUGAGGCCUUGGUGCAACAGCCCUCACGCCAGCAGCAGCAGCAGCAGCUCCACGAGCCUCAACCCGAAGAACUCUCCUCUGCUCAGAGCUUUGUGAUAAUCUAGACCCCUCUCCUCCCCCUCUUCCCCCCCCCCCCCCCCCCCCCCCCCCCCCCCCCCCCCCCCCCCGAGGCGGAGCAGGCCUCUGCCCUUGUGAAGGGGUAGUCUAUAUAUUCAAUUGUCUGUCAAUCUGCAUGGAGUAUCACCUGCAUUCUGAACAAAGGUUCGUAGAAUUUUAGCAUAUCUUAUACUGUUCUUGGCAGGGAUAGAAUUCCUCUUUUAGGGAAUGUUUGUGAAAAGCAGUGAUGCUUGCAAAACACAUGCUUUCAUGUCAGUGGUUUCAAUGCAGACUAUGCAUAAACAUGGUACAUUUGGAUGGAUUAGUACUGUUGUCCUGUAUUCUGUUCCAUCUUCUACAGUAAGAAUAAGCUCUAUAUAUUAAAGAAAAUGCCUGUCUAAAAGAUAGUAAAAAUAGAUGUUGUGUUGCGUUAUAUCCAAUGGAGAAAAAAAAUAUUAUGUUUACAAACAAUCCAGGUUGUUUAAGUUUAUAAAUUCUUGUAACACAUACAAUGCAAAAAAGAAAAAUGGCCACAACAGUUGCACAGUGCCCACCCAAUGGCCUAGCUUCAGGUACUUCAGUUGAAGUCUAAACUCAGGUAAUUUGGAAUGUAUAUCCGCAUAGGAUUUUAAUGAAUUUGUGGCUGAACAAGCUAAGGAGGAGUUUAGGGUAAGCAUCACUCUUGCCUUUCCUUUUUUGUACAUUAACCUUUCCUCAUUACAUUCCACUUACUUUUAAGUCGAAGUGCAUUCUGAUCCGGGGUAGACUUGGAUGAAGUGAAUAUUAAAGAACCAGCAUUACUGUGAUGUCUGACAUCACUGGUUUUAGUGGAUGUUCGGUCGAUAAUUGCAUAAACCAUUGUUUUGAAAAGUAUCAGCGUUUUGUAUAACAUUUCAGAAUUUACGAAAAUAAAGUUUCAGGUGUUGAAGACUGUUAAGCUGUUAAAAAUACAGCAAAGUGUUGAAUAUUGGGCUGUAUCUAAGAAACAUUCCAUGUUGUGAAGAGAUCUCAAUGAUCAAAUGUUUAAGUCACAUAACCGGGUUCUUCAGGUUCUUGUGUUAGAAAUGUUCCCUUUUCUAUGUGUGAAGUUUGGAAUUGGCAGAUACACAAAGCAAAAAUGCUAUUACAAAGAUGACGCAAAAUUAAUGUUUAGUUUCUCAUCUUGACCCGACCUUUUAGGUUAAACCCCUUGUUUGCACAAUUUCCUGUGACUACUGUUAGGUAGCUUUUCCUUUUUAUAGAUUAUUUUAAAACAGUGGUAACUUAGCUAGUGUUUAUUUAAAGAGAACGUACUUUGGUACAAGAAUGUGCUGGACCAAGGUUCAGCAUAGUAGAUUAUCUUUUUAGUAUUCAAUUAAAUUAAUGACUCCUAUUAUUUGAAAAGUGUUACACUGGAACCAAUGAAGAAAACAAGAACCUGGGACUCGGCAUUCAACUCCAGAAAUAAAAGUUGCGCCCAAUAUUAGAUAUUACCACUAAGUUGGUACAAAUGAUGAACUGAAUAUCUGUGAGAGAGCUGGGGAACACUGUGUCCAAAACCCUUUUUAACUUAUUUCUUUUUCUUCACCUGAGAAACUAGAUAUUAAUUUUAAUCAAACACUGUUGCAAAUCUGUUCUGAUUAUGAUCUUUAUAGAGGUUUUGAACCAAAUUGGUUGAAAUUAGC